UCGACAGCUCGGCAGCCACCAAGCUCUGGACACCUUUUAGUGGGCUGUCUGCUGCACUCACGUGCAUUACUCGCGAAGCUGAGUGAGAGAAGAUGCGCUUUGCCUGGGUGUGCUCAUCUCUCGCCCUAGCAAACGGAUUCCUAGUGCCCCAGACUUUCCGCCCUACUCGCAGCAAGCACACCGCACCCUCCUCCGAGCUACGACUGUCCAUCGACUCGAGCUCGCCGCCCGUCUUCGCAUCCGACUCUGAUGGCCUGGUGGUCGGACUGAACAAGUACUCCCACGACAGCUCCGUGUGCAUUCUCUCCUACCGGGAUGGCACCUGCCUCUUCGCCGGCGAGAAGGAGCGCCUGACGCGCGUCAAGCACGACGGCGGCGACACGGGCGAACUCGUUUCCCACGCCCUCCGCUCCGUGGGGGGCAGCCUCGAAGACGUCCGCCUGGUCGUGUCCAACAACCACCACCACCGCGUCGCCCCUUUCGAGGAGAGGGUACCAUGGGCGGUUGCCCAGGGCACCUACCCGGCCAGCUACGCCUCAGAGGAAAACCUCGUCCCGGGCGCCGCCCACGCGGAGCUCUCGCACCACCUGGCCCACGCCUGGAGCGCGGCGGCCCUGUCGCCCUUCGAUUCUGGGCUCAUCGUCGUCAUGGAUGGGAUGGGGGAGUCCCACGGGGCCAUGGCCCGCGCAGAAGCGGAGGCAGUAGCGCGGGAAGAGUACGAGAAUGCCCGCGGCGUUGACGGCCAAGCGCAGCAGCAGCAACAGCAACAGCGACAAGGCGAAAGACCACCGCCGGUAGAGUACUACAACGACCUACGGCUGAUGAGGGAGCUGGGGGCGGGCGGGGAGAUGGCGGAGGGCACCGAGGUUCCCGGCGAAGGCAGCCCCGGGUUCCAGCAGGUGCCGGAGGAGCUUCUGCCGCACGAGGCUUACCGCGAGGCUGAGAGCGCCUACCAGUUUAUGCCAGGGGCGGACGGGGGACCCACCCUCGUCCCCAUCUACAAGAGGUGGAUAAGGGAGCGCUCCCCGCCCGAGCUGUUCAACCACGGCUUCGAGAACAUGGAGUCGAUGGGGGCGGUGUACAGCCGGGUCAGCAGCCACAUAUUCGGCGACUGGAAUGCUUGCGGAAAGAGCAGCGGCGGCACCGGCGAGGACGCCUUCUACGUUGACUGGGAGGCCAUCGAGAGCCUGCCCCACCCCAACGGGCUCGGACAGGAGGGCGGCGGCCAGGACGAAGGGGACGGCGGGAGCGGCGACGAGGAUGGCCUGCAGGGGCUGGGGUCGUUCUACGCGGCCCUGGCGUCCAGGGCUCAGGAGGGCCUGGAGGAGGCGGCCCUAGAGUUUGUCAAGGGGCUGAGGGACAGGACCGGCGAGGAGAACGUGUGCCUGUGCGGGGGCGUGGCCUUGAACAGCGUGCUCAAUGGGAAGAUCGCUCGAGAGGCCGGCUUCCGGCGUGUUUUUGUACCUCCGUGCCCGGGCGACGAAGGGGUUGCGGUCGGCUGCGCGUCCUUCGGCUGGCACCAGCGCCGGCUGCUUCUCCCAUCAGGCGGAGACGCCACCCUACCCCCCACCGACAACAAGAACGGCGACCCUACCGCUGACUCCGAGGAAGAAAAUCUGACAGAUGCAGCGAUGGAGAGCGGCGGCGGCGGCGGUGGCUUGGAGGGCCUCCCGAAGGCGGUGGCGGGGCCGCUAGGGUCCGGGGAGCUGCGCACUCCGUACUGGGGGAGGGGCUGGACCGAGGACGACGUGGAGGAUGAGAUAGCGGAGUGGGAGCGCUGGGUGGACGUCCGUCAGAUUAACGGCGUGGAGGAGGUCGCCAAGGCAAUCGCAGACGGGAAGGUUGUGGCGUGGUUCCAGGGAAGGGGAGAGUUCGGCCCCCGAGCUCUCGGGUCUCGAUCUCUGCUGGCGGACCCACGGGACCCCGAGAUGCCGGCGAGAAUAAACGCGGACGUCAAAAGGAGGGAAGAUUUCCGACCGUUCGCGCCUUCGGUGCUCGCCGAGGAGGCCGAGGACUGGUUCGAGGGCCUGCCUCCAGACGGGUCCCCCUACAUGUCGCUCACGGCCCCUGCCAAGCCCGGCGUGGCGGAGAGGGUUCCGGCCGUGUGCCACGUUGACGGGUCGUCCCGGCUGCAGACGGUAUCAGAGGAAUCGUCCCCGCUAUUCCACAGGCGAGAUGAGAUGCUGAUCACGGCCUUCUUCAAGAUGACGGGGGUACCGAUGGUCCUCAACACGAGCUUCAACGUCAUGGGAGAACCCAUCGUGGACUCUCCUCAAGACGCGAUCCGGUCCCUACACGGCUCGGGGGGAGCCAUCGCCAUGCUGGUGCUGCACGACCGCGUCCUGACGACGAAGCCCUUCCCCCCGGACGCGGCGCGGGAUAGCGGCGAGUACGGAGAAGAGGAGCUUGACGAAGAGGAGGCGUGGAGCGGCAUGAAGCCGGUUCAGGCGGUCGGCUUCCGGUCGGAGGUGACCGAGAGCAGCGACGGAGAGGUGAGAUCUUUAUCUAGGGGUUAA